CAUCCUAAAUGACCCCACACACACUUACACCACCUGUCAGGAGACUCAGCCCACAUAACCACAGAGACGCCUGAGCUGGAGGACGCACAAAAUCUGAGGGAAGUUUUCCUGCAACACAAGAAGUAUCACUGGAUCCCGUUUGGUCUGCUCUGAGACCAGCUGCAAGGUAAACAGCACUUCUGAACAACAUUCUGAGCACUGUGAAUCCCCUGCGCUGGUGGGUGAAGCAGAAUCAUUGUGAGAGAAGAUACUCUAAUAAAACGAAGCACAAAAAGAAACUGUCGUCAAACCAAAUCAAUGAUGGUUUUGAAAAAGCUUCUGCGUUUCGGGAAGCAACUGCUGAGAGUCAAGGUUGUUGACUGCAACUCGGAGGAAUCGCGACUCUCCCGAUGUCUGAACACCUUCGACCUGGUGGCUCUUGGUGUGGGCAGCACCUUGGGAGCUGGGGUGUAUGUCCUCGCUGGAGCCGUGGCCCGAGAAAACGCCGGACCGGCCAUCGUUCUGUCGUUCCUUAUCGCUGCCCUGGCCUCAGUGCUCGCAGGCCUCUGUUAUGCAGAGUUUGGGGCGAGAGUGCCAAAAACGGGCUCAGCGUACCUGUAUAGCUAUGUGACUGUAGGGGAACUAUGGGCCUUUAUAACUGGCUGGAAUCUUAUACUUUCAUAUGUUAUAGGUACAUCGAGUGUUGCCCGAGCAUGGAGUGCCACAUUUGAUGAGCUGAUUGGAAAACAUAUUGAGCAUUUUUGUCGACAGUACAUGUCCAUGAAUGCUCCAGGCAUUCUGGCAGAGUACCCAGAUAUGUUUUCCGUAUUCAUCAUCCUCACUCUCACAGGCCUGUUGGCCUUCGGGGUGAAGGAGUCAGCCAUGGUCAACAAAGUGUUCACAUGCAUCAACAUCCUGGUGCUGCUGUUUAUGGUUGUAUCUGGACUGGUCAAAGGUACGCUGAAGAACUGGCACCUGGACCCUGAUGAGAUUCUCAACGAAACCAAUUCCACCCUUAAUUCCACACAGCCCCUGCCAUCAGAAGAGAUUCUGGGUGAAGGCGGGUUCAUGCCUUUCGGCUUCACAGGAGUCUUAUCAGGGGCGGCUACCUGCUUUUAUGCCUUUGUUGGGUUCGACUGCAUCGCAACUACAGGUGAGGAGGUGAAGAACCCCCAGAGAGCCAUUCCCAUCGGCAUCGUCACCUCCCUCCUUAUCUGUUUUGUAGCGUACUUUGGUGUAUCAGCCGCCCUCACCAUGAUGAUGCCAUAUUACAUGCUGGAUAAGAACAGCCCACUCCCUGUGGCCUUUAAGUACGUCGGCUGGGAAGGAGCCACGUACGCUGUGGCGGUAGGCUCCCUUUGCGCCCUGUCCACCAGCCUGCUUGGCGCCAUGUUCCCCAUGCCCCGUGUCAUCUGGGCCAUGGCUGACGAUGGCCUGCUCUUCAAAUUCAUGACUGGGAUCAACGAGAGAACAAAAACACCCAUACACGCCACUAUAACAGCAGGCUUUGCUGCAGCUAUUAUGGCUUUCCUGUUUGACCUGAAGGACCUGGUUGAUCUGAUGUCUAUAGGAACUCUUUUGGCCUACACGCUGGUCGCUGCCUGUGUUCUUGUACUCAGGUACCAGCCCGAGCAGUUUUCUCAAACAUAUCACAUAGCCAGCACACACGAUGAGAUGGAAAUGAGCGAGACCAUAAGCACACCAAGCAUGGGGAUUCUUCCCGGCAUAGAAGAGCGUUUAAGCUUCAAAACGCUGUUCUUUCCCGACAUCACUGAACCCUCCAACCUUUCAGGCUUCACCGUUAACAUCUGCGCGAGUCUGCUUGGUCUGCUGAUCUUCAGCUUCAGUCUGCUGGCCGUCCUGGGCGGAAGUGCAAUGUGGAGUAUUGUCACUCUCAGUGUCCUGUUCAGCAUGUGUGUCAUUAUCACGUUUAUCAUCUGGAGACAACCUGAGAGUAAAACCAAGCUCUCGUUUAAGGUUCCUUUACUCCCAUUCAUCCCAGUGGUCAGCAUGUUUGUCAAUGUGUACCUAAUGAUGCAGCUGGACAGGGGUACCUGGAUCCGAUUUGCCAUCUGGAUGUCUUUAGGACUCGUAAUCUACUUUGGCUAUGGAAUCUGGCACAGUACUGAAGCCUCACUGGUCCAUUCCAGUAUGGACGAGGAGCUGAAUGUGUACAAACCCGCCUGCAGUCUAAACAGAGACAGCGUGACCCCGGAAAAGGAGGCUUUCCUCUGUAACGGAUCACGGGUUGACGAGGACGGAGAUCUUUAAUAUGGAACAGUGUUAUAUUAUUUACUCAAACGUUACAUGAAAGCACACCGCCGAGAGGUUGUGAGGUGCACAGGCCGUUGGAAUCGAAUCAGAUGGAGCUCUUUGAUCCAUUUAACAAUGUCACUUCCUUGUCAAGAAGUCUAAGAGCUUUUGUUCUACAUGGGUGGAAGUAUUUAAGUAUUCUUACAACUCAUAGGUUUUGUUUCCUACUUCAGAAAUCUUGAAGAAGCCAAAACAGGCACAGGACCUUUUACUGAGUGGUUGUAGAAUUUAAAAAAAAGAAAAAAAAACGCAAUGUAGGCAUCUGUGAGCUGCAGUAUUUCAUGUUGAUCAAUUGAACUUGUGCCUUUUGUCUUACUUUCGCAGUUGAAACUAAAUCACAGUUGGUUGAUCUGAAUCUUGGAUGUCAGUGUUUAGGGUUUUACGUAUCUGAACGUGUCUUUACACAGGAAGAAAUCAAAUAACGCUUGGCUUUUCUGCUGAAUUUGUCUGUCUGAGGUCGCAUUUAGGAAACGUUUCCCUCUGGUUUGAACUGCCCGGAUCCAGAAUGUGUAGGUUUUUGCUGGUCCACCCAGAUUAGACCUUCAGGUAGUGCUGCCACCUGGUGGUGUGGUCGGGCUGUCGCCAGGGUUAGUUGCUUUUGAUCUGGCACAGUGCUGGCUACUGUGUCUUCUGUGCAGAUGGAGUCUGCCUCUUCGCUAGCGUCUUAAUAUAGCGUAAGCAGGUGAUUUUAGGAUAUUUGGAGAGAAGUUGAUAUCUUGGUGUGCGUUUUGGCCAUUCAAGGUGUUUGGACAUACACUCCCGUUCAAAAGUUUGGGAUCAGGAAGACUUGUGCUUUGUUUUUUCUAAAGUUUUAAACUUUUUAAGUUUCUUGUGCUCAUCAAGGCUGCAUUUAUUUGAACAAAAAUACAGAAAAAAAACAGUAAUGUCGUGAAAUAUUAUUACAGUUUAAAAUAAUGGUUUUCUAUUUUAAUGUAAUUUAAAAUGUAAUUUAUUUCUGUUCAAAUCUGAAUUUUUAGCAUCAUUACUUAAUAUUUGUUUGGAACCUGUGAAUUUUUUUUCAGGAAUCUUUGAUGAAUAAAAAGUUAAAAAGAACAGAAUUUAUUCAAAAUAGAAAUCUUUUCAAAGUCUUUACUUUGAUCACUUUAAAAAAAUAAAUAAAUAAAUUUAACAUCCUUCCUGGAUAAAAGUAUUCAUUUCUUUCAAGAAAGAAAGAAAGAAAGAGAAAGAAUUCUUCUUUUUCCCAGGAUUCUUUGAUGAAUAAAAAGUUAAAAAGAACAGAAUUUAUUCAAAAUAGAAAUCUUUUCAAAGUCUUUAACUUUUAAAAUUUAACAUCCUCACUGGAUAAAAGUAUUCAUUUCUUUCAAGAAAGAAAGAAAGAAAGAAAGAGAAAGAAUUCUUCUUUUUUUUCCAGGAGUCUUUGAUGAAUAAAAAGUUUAAAAGAAAGAAAGAAUCAGUUUGGAUAAUAUUGACAUGUACCAGAUGAAAACAAUAAAAAACUUGAAUUACAAAAAAAAAAAAAAAAAGAAGGAAAGAGAAAGAAUUCUUUUUUCCAGGAUUCUUUGAUGAAUAAAAAGUUAAAAAGAACAGAAUUUAUUCAAAAUAGAGAUAUUUUCAAAGUCUUUACUUUGAUCACUUAAAAAAAAAAAAAUCAGUUUAACAUUCUU